AGCACCUCAACUGAAUGUGCCCAACUUAAACCCCUCCACACUCUUUGUAUCUCGAUCUCACCUUUAUACCGCCGCCCACUUUCUCUCAAGGCUUCUUGCUCACUCGUCCUAAACAUACUGACCUUUGCUAUAUCACUCCUUGCGAGCUCAUCAUGGCGCCAGGUGCUAGUCUUAUAACAAAGCUCAAAGUUCAGCUUAAGCUCACCAUCGCGCGGUUGCGCAUGGUUCAGCAGCGCGAUGAACAGCUUGGAAAGACCGCGCGACGAGCCAUGGCUCAGCUCCUCGAGGCCGGAAAGGAAGACUCAGCCCGCAUUCGCGUCGAGAACAUCAUUCGAUCCGAUAUCACCUCCGAGCUUCACGAGAUGCUUGAACUUUACUGCGAAUUGCUACUUGCUCGCGCUGGACUGAUGGAGGGUCAUACUGUUGAUCCUGGUCUGGAGGAGGCUAUCCAGAGUCUGAUAUAUGCGGCGCCCAAGACGGAGAUCAAAGAGUUGGCGACAGUGAGGACGCUAUUCGCGGAGAAGUAUGGGAAGGACUAUGUGCUUGCGGCGACGGAGAAUACGGAUGGAAAGGUCAACGAGAAGGUCGUCAAGAAACUCAGCGUCACGCCCCCGCGCGAAGAGCUUGUGGUGGGAUACCUGGAAGAAAUCGCCAGAGCAUACGGAGUAGACUGGCCCAAGCGGGAGGCAGUCUCACCACCCCCCGAACUCCUUGACGACGAUGAUGAUGACGACGACCAAGGCGGCCAGAAACAAAAGGUUCUCGAAACACCUCUCGCAGCAGAUUCCAAAGAUCCAGUGUUAAACACACCAGUUAAGAAACUAGCUGGAGGCGGCCCCACAAGUCCUUUGACAGUGACACCGCCGCGGAUGACGACUGACAACAUACAUCCCAAGGUGACGCUUGGUUCAGUAGAGUUGAAGCCUAGUAAGAAGGCGGAGCCUGCUGCGAGGAAGGGUGAGCCUGAUGGAUCGAUUCCGGAUCUUGGGGACUUGGAGAGAAGGUUUGCGGCGCUGAAGAAGCGAUGAGGUGCUCUGGAUGAAGUGAUGGCAUUGCGCAAUGUGGAGUUUUUAGGGUUUAUUUUGUUGAUGAAGAUGUGAUGUGAGCCUGUGAAUUGUGUUUAAGAAUAUGAUGGUGAGUAGAUGAAAGGUCUAUUCAGUGAGGGGCGUGCUCAACUUCGUCAGAGUGAAUCAUGUCGCAUCUCGCUGUUGGAUGUUCUAGUAUCAAGGGGCAUUGAUUCUGAGUCGUG